CUGCCCAAGCCCUGGCAGCCCCAGAAACCCGUGCUGCCCGUGGAGGGCAUGAGGAACGUGCUGAUCACCAGUGCCCUGCCCUACGUCAACAACGUGCCCCACCUGGGCAACAUCAUCGGCUGCGUCCUCAGCGCCGACACCUUCGCCAGGUACUGCCGCCUGCGGAACUGGAACACGCUCUUUGUCUGCGGCACCGACGAGUACGGAACAGCCACGGAGACCAAGGCGGUGGAGGAGGGGCUGACCCCCCAGCAGAUCUGUGACAAGUACCACGCCCUCCACGCCGACAUUUACCGCUGGUUCCACAUCUCCUUCGACUACUUUGGCCGCACCACCACCCCCCACCAGACCACGAUUGCCCAGGACAUCUUCCAGCGCCUGCUGGCCCGGGGCUUCCUGCUGCAGGACAGCCUGCAGCAGCUGCAGUGCGAGACCUGCCAGCGCUUCCUGGCCGACCGCUUCGUGGAGGGCACCUGCCCCUUCUGCAGCUACGGGGAGGCCCGGGGGGACCAGUGUGAUAAAUGUGGCAAACUCAUCAAUGCUGUGGAGCUGAAGAACCCGCAGUGCAAGCUCUGCAGGGGCGUCCCCGUGGUGAAACCCACCCAGCACCUCUUCCUGGACCUCCCCAAGCUGGAGGAGCAGCUGGAGCCCUGGCUGGAGCAGACCUGGGCCAGGGGGGACUGGACGGCCAACGCGCGCUACAUCACCCGCUCGUGGCUGCGGGAUGGGCUCAAGCCCCGCUGCAUCACCCGGGACCUGAAGUGGGGCACCCCUGUACCCCUCGAUGGCUUCCGUGACAAGGUCUUCUACGUGUGGUUUGAUGCUCCCAUCGGCUACUUGUCCAUUACAGCCAACUACACCGAGCACUGGGAGAGGUGGUGGAAGAACCCACAGCAGGUCGAGCUCUACAACUUCAUGGCCAAGGACAACGUCCCCUUCCACAGCGUCAUUUUCCCCUCUUCUCUCCUGGGCGCUGAUGACAACUACACCCUGGUGAACCACCUCAUAGCUACAGAGUACCUCAACUAUGAAGAUGGGAAGUUCUCCAAGAGCCGGGGUGUGGGAGUGUUUGGGGACAUGGCCAAGGACACGGGCAUCCCUGCCGACAUCUGGCGCUUCUACCUGCUGUUCCUGCGGCCCGAGGGGCAGGACAGCGCCUUCUCCUGGAGCGACCUCCUGCUCAAGAACAACUCGGAGCUGCUGAACAACCUGGGCAACUUCAUCAACAGGGCUGGCAUGUUCGUGUGCAAGUUCUUUGGUGGCACCGUCCCCGAGAUGGUCCUGACACUGGAUGACAAGAGGCUCCUGGCCCGGGUCACCCUGGAGCUGCACCAGUACCACCAGCUGCUGGAGAAAGUCCGCAUCCGUGAUGCCCUGAGGUGUGUCCUGAGCAUCUCCCGCCACGGCAACCAGUACAUCCAGGUGAACGAGCCCUGGAAGAGGAUCAAGGGGGAUGAGCAGGACAGGCAGCGCGCGGGCACGGUGACGGGCGUGGCAGUGACCAUGGCGGCCCUGCUGGCCGUGCUGCUGCAGCCCUACAUGCCCAGUGUCAGCGCAGCCAUCCAGGGGCAGCUCUGCAUCCCCCCCGACUGCUUCGUCCUGAGCCACAGCCUCACCUGCACCCUGCCCCCCGGGCACCGCGUGGGCACUGUGAGCCCCCUUUUCCAGAAGCUGGAGAACGAUCAGAUCGAAGCCCUGCGCAAACGCUUUGGGGGAGGCCAGCCUGAAGACUUUGUUGUAGAGUCCCAGGCUAAACAGGCCCCCCCAGCCUCAGCCUGCCCUGCAGCAACCCCCCCAACUCCAGGUGACCCACAGCUGAUCCAGGUGCUGACAGAGGAAGUGGCCAAGCAGGGCAACCACGUUCGGCAGCUCAAGGCCAACAAGGCCGAGAAGGCCCAGGUGGACGUGGAGGUGGCGAAGCUGCUGGAGCUGAAGAAGCAGCUGGCACUUGCUGAGGGCAAAACCCCCGAAGUCUCCGUGCCCAAGGGGAAGAGGAAGAAGUAG